AUGUUCAGAGCGCAACUGCGCCGACAAGCAUUUGGCCGCCUCCCGAAUGUCUACUCCCCCUCAAGGCUAUCCCAAUAUGCCGGCGUGACAACAUCGGCUCUAAUCAUCCGGAUAAAGGAUGCCACGAUAUAUAAGGACGUUCUAGAUCAGGACAAGGCCUCUCCUCUCUUCAACAAUGUGAACUUCACCCUGAGCGGAAAGAACGAACACUGGGCCAUUAUUGCUCGUAAUUCGUCCCUUCGCACCGACUUCCUGCAAAUGCUACAUGGCAGAUAUCUUUGCACGCCGCCAGACGCCCGAACAUACCCUCAAUUUACUGCGCGCCAAAUCCCUCUUCAGCAGGCCAUUGGCUACAUCGGAUUCGAUGCAGAAAGAGAUGGUCUGGGUGGAACUGCCGUCAAGGGUGCCUACAUGAGUCAGCGUUACGAGGCUCACCGCGAAGUCACCGACUGGUCUUUGUUGAAUUAUCUGGAGGGAAACACCGACUUGAAUGCUCUUGAAAAGCCUGCAGACUCUCUAGAUACCCAACUACUAGCAAAAAUUGUGAAAAGUCUCGAUCUAGAGCCGCUGCUACAGCUGCCUGUCAGCAAUCUCAGCAAUGGGCAGACUCGCAGGGCUCGAAUUGCAAAGGCCUUGCUCGCCAAACCCGAGCUUCUUCUCCUCAAUGCGCCGUUCAUGGGGAUGGAUCCUGUGAGUCAGCUGAAAAUAUCAUCUUUCCUACAAGAGAUGGCCAACGUCAGCCUCCCGAAGAUUAUACUAGCCAUUCGACCAGAAGAAGACAUUCCUCCUUGGAUCACACACAUCUUGCACAUAAAUCCAAAGACGGCAGAGAUAAUUCAGGGUACCACAGCGCACAUCUACCGCUCCAUUCCGAGAUUGGCUUAUCUAUCAGGCCCCUUUGUAGGGGUUGAUCUGCCGACUCUUAUGACCAUGAAGUGUAACCUAAAUUCCUUACUACCGAGGUCCCUCGCAAGGAGGCAGCACGAUACAGAGGUGAGUCGAGACUAUCUGCCUGCCUUGCACGACCCACUCCCACCCGGUCCUCCACUGGUCGAGAUGCACGGCGUCAAAGUUUCGUACAAUGUGACGGACAAUGUCGACAAGAAGACUGUUUUGGGUGACUGGUCCGAGAGUGUUGAGGGCACGAAAAGAGAGGGUUUGUGGUGGAAUGUCCAUCGCGGUGAACGUUGGGGAGUUUUUGGGCCCAACGGCUCGGGCAAGACCACUCUAUUAUCGCUCAUCACCUCCGACCAUCCGCAAACCUACGGUCUCCCUAUCAAGCUCUUCGGCCGCUCCCGCAUUCCCUCUCCUGGCGAACUUGGCAUCAGUAUAUUUGAGCUACAGUCUCGCAUAGGACAUAGUUCCCCUGAGGUCCACACGUACUUCCCCAAACAACUAUCGAUUCGUCGCGUUCUAGAGAGUGCUUGGGCCGAUACUCCACUUUCCAAACCGCGCUUGACACAUCAGAACGACGUUCGUAUAGGCGCCUUCCUGCGCUGGUUCGCCCCAGAGCUAUCGCCAACCAAGACCAGCGAACUUCAGAAAAUUGCAGAAACCCCAUUGCGCGGCAAUUGGCGCCGCAGUGGCGAAAUGAGACGCAAAUUGGAGCAUCUCAACAUCGUCAGCAACGACAUUGACUGGGCCGACAGUACGACCUUCCGAGAUCUGUCCUUUAGCUCACAACGAGUGCUACUGUUCCUUCGCGCACUAGUGAACAGCCCGGACUUGGUUAUCUUGGACGAAGCUUUCAGCGGCAUGGAUAAAGAGGUUCGCGACAAGUGCUUAUUGUUCCUUUCUCAGGGUGAAAAGAUGAUUUUUAAGCCCCACGGAAAGACCUUGAACGGCAAUACCAGAUAUAGUAAGAGUUUGCAAGCCGACAAUGAUAUGGUUAACUUUGGCGGCCUCGAAGACAGACAGGCAUUGUUGACGAUAAGCCACGAUAAGGAGGACAUUCCCGGGUGCAUCAGGCAAUGGAUCUGUCUUCCAGAGCCUGGCGAGGGCAAAUCGGCCAGAACUGGUACAUUACCAGGGCCUCUAGAACUACACCCUGAGAGUUGGAGAAAGAUUUGGAAGCUUCCUCCUCGCCCAGAGAUGCCCACAAUUGGAAGACCUGGGAGGGGGCAGUAUCCCCGGCGGAAGAAUUACAAGCAAGCUGGGAAUGAAUAG